CUCUCCUCGGCUCUGACGUCAAUGCACGUCAGCAAAGAGAACACGAUGCCUCCUGCGAGUCAGCUCGCGCACUGGCGCUAAUAAGAGCUGAAAUAUUAUAGCUCUAUUGUAUCAGGGGGGUUAAAAAAGAGAGAGAGAGCGAGAGGUGGAGAAGAAGGGGGGCGCUUUUUGGCGUGACACGUCGCACUUCUCUCAUCAAAACCUCUUCCCAAUUUCGGCUACGGCGGCUGGCGGCGGUCAAAGUGGCCGCGCGCGCGCGCUCUGGCGAUUCCGUUCCGCUCCUUAGACAUGGUUCUUGUUUUUACUUUUGGAGCGUCGGUGCGUUCCGACCACCUUAGUGUUUUGACUCGAGGCUGAAGUUUCUUGUCUGUGUGUCCUGCAGUAAAAGCAUGGUUAUGGCUGACUGUGAGCCGAAAGCGGCGCUCCGAGGGCCAGUGCGCGUGGGUUUCUACGACAUCGAGCGCACGCUCGGCAAAGGAAACUUCGCUGUGGUCAAACUGGCGAGACACAGAAUCACCAAAACUGAGGUGGCCAUAAAGAUCAUAGACAAGACCCAGCUGGACUCGGUAAACCUGGAGAAGAUCUAUCGCGAGGUGAAGAUCAUGAAAAUGCUGGACCACCCACAUAUCAUUAAGCUGUACCAGGUCAUGGAGACCAAAAAUAUGCUGUACUUGGUGACCGAGUAUGCCAAAAACGGGGAAAUAUUUGACUAUUUGGCCAAACAUGGACGGCUGAGUGAGCCUGAAGCCCGUCGCAAGUUCUGGCAGAUUCUGUCUGCAGUGGAAUAUUGCCACAACCGCAACGUUGUACACCGGGACCUGAAAGCCGAGAACCUGCUGCUGGAUGGACACAUGAACAUCAAGAUUGCAGAUUUUGGCUUUGCAAACUUUUUCCAGCCAGGAAAGCCUUUGGCCACGUGGUGUGGCAGUCCACCAUACGCCGCCCCUGAAGUGUUUGAAGGACAGCAAUAUGAAGGACCGCAGCUAGACAUCUGGAGUUUGGGGGUGGUCCUCUACGUACUAGUGUGUGGAGCUCUGCCGUUUGACGGUCCCUCCCUACCUGUGUUAAGGCAGCGUGUGUUGGAAGGCCGCUUUCGAAUCCCGUACUUCAUGACUGAAGAUUGUGAGCAUCUGAUCAGAAGGAUGCUGGUGUUGGACCCGUUUAAAAGGCUCUCAGUAGCUCAAAUUAAAGAGCACAAAUGGAUGGUGCUGGACGUUCCAGUACAUAGACCCCUCCUCUACCAGCCGUCCAGCACAGCUGAGGAAGACCCUGGACUGGGAGAGUACAGCGAGCAGGUGUUGAGGCUCAUGCACAGCCUCGGCAUCGACCAGCACAAGACCGUAGAGUCUCUCCAGAACAAAAGCUAUAACCACUUUGCUGCAAUUUACUACCUGCUGGUAGAGAGACUGAGAGCACACCGAUCCAGUUUCCCAGUGGAGCACCGUCUGGAUGCUCGCCAGCGCAGACCCAGCACCAUUGCUGAUCAGACCAUGUCAAGCAGCGGUGCUCCCCAGGUGAGCCUAAUGCCCCAAAGUGUGCGUCUGCUACGCUCCCUGGCUGUGACUCAGGCCGGCGCCGACUCCUACGCCUACCCACAAUCCUCCUGUGCACCCGAUCACAGCCUCAUGGAGGAGGAGGUGGGAACUCCCAAAGUGGAUGGCUGCAUGCUGGACCCUUUGCCUCCGGUGGCUGUGCGCAAAUCCAGCACAUCGUCACCCAGUAACAUGAUGGAGACUUCUAUAGACGAAGGAAUCGAGACCGAGGACCCAGAUGCUGAAGAGGAAGCUGCACAUGCCUUCAACGCAUACCAGACCGCACGCUUUGGCCAACGCAGACACACACUGUCCGAGGUCACAAAUCAGCCAGGUGUGCUGAGUAGCUCAGGCAAGCUGUUCUCGCUGGGAAGCAUGGACUCUGAGUAUGACACCGGCUCCAUGCACAGUGACCUGAGCCUGCUGGAGGAUGCGUCGUCCAUUAACGGAGCGGUCCUAAGCAACGCGUCCAUAAGCCGCGUGACUCCACCCUUUAUUAGCCGCGUGACUCCGCCCAACCCAGCCAUGCACGUGCUAAGCUCACAGAGGAGAGAGACUCACAACCGCUCACCUGUCAGCUUCCGGGAAGGACGUCGAGCAUCGGAUACAUCACUCACACAAGGUAUAGUUGCAUUUCGGCAACACUUACAAAACCUGGCUCGUGCAAAAGGCAUCCUGGAGCUCAACAAGGUUUAUGAGCAGAUGUGCUCAGGGGAAAAUCCCUCACUAGGACUGCUGAACCCUCAGACGCAUGCACAUAACCCUCUGGAUCCCUUACUGCAGGGAGGUGGAUGCCAUCAGCAUGAUAUGGCGCUGUUCUCAGGCGGACCUUCACUCACCAGGAGACAGAGUCUGGAGCCUCAGUACCCCACCCAUAGAAUGCCGAAACCGAACCUGAUGGCAAGCCCUGGGAGCUGCCAUAUGUUCUGUAAAGAGACCCCACGCAGCCUAGAACAGCAGUUGGCUGAGCACAGGUUGCAACAGAAGAGACUGUAUCUUCAGAAGCAGUCCCAAUUGCAGGCCUACUUUAACCAGAUGCACAUAGUGGAUGGGACGUAUGCUUCUUGCCCACCAAUCAGCCAUCAGGACUCUCAAAGCUCCAUAUCACACCAGCAGCAGAAUACACAGCCUUUCAGUCCUAUGAUGGAGCCCAGCACUGAUACCUUGAGCUAUGACCCUUACCUGGGUCACUACCCCCAGCUGCAGCACUCCUCUCUUUCCCCCGUUAUUUCUGCCCAGCUCCAGAGUCAGCAUCCCUACAGCUACCCACCGCAUGAGCAGGGCCACUCUCAGCUUGGGGAGGUUCUGUACCAGGAGCACUAUGACCCCCCGCUGGAGCCUGGCCAGCCUCCUCCUCCUCCUCCUCUGUGCGCAGUAGCAGGUGUGGCAUCACCUCCUGCACCAGGGUAUGAAGGACUCAAAAUGGCAGACGCAUUUGCAGACGCAGAGAUGAUGGAGACAGUAGACUCGCAGCACGGCUUUGUGCUGGUCAAAUAGUCCUGAUGGAACACGAGAGGUACACAGUAUUACCUUGAGAUCUGAUUUCGGAGAAGGGAGAACGGGGGAAAAGGAAACAGGUACAGCAGCUGACCACAGUUUGCGGAAAAACAAGAACUUUUUGAAGGAAUCUUUUUCGGUUCAACCUGAUUUCUCCUGAACUCCUCUCUAGUGCCCGUGAUCUUCCAGGAAAAAGUUAUUGAAGGAGCAUGGCUGGACCCGUGAAAGCGAUCUCCUCAUCCUGGACUGAUGAACAGCCGUGCUAAUUCAAGCUGGAUGUUUUUGCAUAGCAUCCACAGCUGAGCUACGCACCCAGCGGAGCCUGAACCCAAACUCAUGUGACACUUGGUAUUGACAUAGAAUAAAUGUUUCCUCUCUCGUCAUCUUCCUUUGUGGGCCGUCUUCGAGGAUGAAACUCGCUCAAUUUGCACCCCUUUUUACGUGCAGUGUUCAAACCUCUACAGCAAUACUGAAGCAAUAGAAUCAUGCUGGACUGAACAAAGCCAUAUGUUGGGACAAGCUGCAGUUCAAGACUGUCCUGUGUCACAGCCACUUUGGUUUCAUCCCAUUAUCCAUGAGUACAGAUUAUCUGUCAUAUAGUAGUGUUACUUGCUGGUAGGAACUGUGCAGAACUAAUCACGGCAAGGCAAAAUGGGACGAAUCACGACGGCCUUUUUAUGCCGUCGAUUAACAGGGAGGAGCGGAAUCAUGGACGAACGUCUGCGUUCACCAUGCGAGUUUUUCCACUGAAAUCCUCCGACUCUGACACUACAUGGACGUCUGAAGGAAUGUGUUAAUAUAAAAGGUUUCAUUGGAAAUUUUAGUCACUUAACACUGGAUUAUGGCCAACUGAUCAUGUUCAUUCUUUUUUUUUUUUAGCAUUUAGCAAAUCUACUUGAAUAGGGUAUGUGAUUACAAAAAUCUGGCAAAUAGGAGAAACAUGUAAAGGUUUCGAAAUGUUGAUGCUUCGCAGCAGAGGCUAGCUCAUGGCCAACACGAGUGAUUCUGCAACACUUUGGGGUUUUUUUCCCGUAAAAGGAAAUGUAGCAAAUGUGGAUGUAGCAGUCCAACCUGCUCUGUUAGUCCCGUCAGCUAAAACCAAGAGACGCUGAAUCCUGCUCUUGUCAGUGACAACAACAAGCCGCUUUGUCUGAUGCCUCGUGAUACUCGGUGCUUGUUGUACACUUUUGUAGAAAUCAGUGGCUCAGAAGAGCUUAUACAAAAUAAGGAAUCCUUUUUUUGCGUGAUCGUGUUCAGUGUGCCUUUUCAUUAAUCUUCCUAAAUUAAGACUCAAAUAGGUCCCCCCCCUAUAAAAUCACAGGAUUUGAGUGGAAACCAUUUUUUUUUUGUGUUUUUUGCUUUUAAGGUACAAAAACCAAAGUCCUCUCCACACUUUCCCUGUAGGAGGUCACCAUGUGAAGGCGCUUUUUGUUUAGUUCCUAGACAGUGCUUUUCUUUGUCAAUCAGUAUACACAGUUGAAAAGAAUUGAUAGCAAUAUUUGUUAUGAAUAGUUAACAAAAAUCUUGAAUGUUUGACAGUAUCAUAAUCACAUUUCCUGCUGCCAAAAAAAAUCCCGUUCAACAUUUAGGCUCAUUGUUGUGACCACACAUAAGCUAACUUGCAGUCAAGAUUAAAAAGGUUUGUGAACAACA